AUGUAAAAGAUGAAUAACGAAAAUGUAUUUUUAUUUUUACUUCCACCCUUAUUAUACGACAAUUUAAAUAAGGAUGAAACAAAGAAAUUUUAUUUUCUCAUUUUCAAAUCCUUCCAUCUUAUCAUAAUGUGCAUUUGGAAAAUGUUAGACAAUCUAAAUAGAGGUUAACCUAUAAUAAUAACAUUUAUAUUAUUAUUAUUUACCUUCUAUUUCUAAAAAAUAUAAGAACAAUAACUAAAAAGAUCAGAAGGAGGUCUUGAAGACACGAUAAAUAUCAAAACAUGUACAGACACAGAUCGAAUAUAAGAAUUAUAAAAUUGUUUGGUUAGUAUAAUAAAACUAGAUAGUAAAUUGAAUCUGAUAAUGUGUAAUUCUAGAGCAUAAGAUUUAUUAAAAAAUAUCAAUAUUUAGGAACUUUUGAAUAGUCCAUUAUAAUCAGUGGAUAAGUAGACCAAAUUGCUAAUGUAGGAAUAAUUUAGUUGUAAGUUUCCUUCAAUAUAGGAUUUAAAGGAAGUUUAACAAAAUUAUUCUUUAAAUGAAUUGUUGGAACAAUUAUAAUAAUUACAGAAAUAUCCAUAUGAAUUUGAAGUGUUUAGUAUUAGAGGAUAUAAUGAUCUUCAUCUCAAGGUACUUUACUUUGAACCUAAAUCAUUUACAAUCAUAUUACAUAAUAUGGAAGAGUACAAUUUGUAAAUUAAGAAAGUGUUUACAUAAACUACAAUGCAACAAUUAUUUAGGAGCUUUAGUCAUGAAUAUAAUACAUCUUUAAAUUAUAUCUUAGCAUUGGCAUAGGUAGCAGAAUGUCAUGAAGAAGUACCAUAAAAUAUAUAAGAAUAAUUUUUCAAACCAAUAUUGGUUAAUGGGAAAGUGAUGCAUAGUAUGGUUUUAGAUAUGAUGGAUUAUAAUAGUAUUUUAGGAAAAACAUUUAGUUUAUAGGUUGCACUUUUUAACAUUCAGGAAUUGAUGAAUGAAGUAGUAUCGCUUUUUAAAGAUCAAAUUUAAAAAAAGAAUUUAGAAAUUAAAAUAGAUUUUAAUACAAAAAUAACACAAAUUCUAUCUGACAGAAAUAGAAUUAAACAGAUUUUGAUAAAUUUAGUAUCUAAUGCUUAAAAGUUUACACUUCAAGGAUCAAUAUCUUUUAAGGUUGAAACAUGUUUUUCAACUAAAAAUUAAUAAUAUGUGGUUUUCCAUGUUGAAGAUACUGGAAUAGGAAUGACAAAGUAAGAAUAAGAUAGAUUAACUUUACUAUUAUAAUCAGGUGUACCAUCAAUAUAAAAAAUAUCUAAAAAUACUGCUGGUUUUGGUUUAGGGCUAUUUAUUAGCAAUAAAAUAGCAGAAGCUUUAUCAUAAUAGAGAUUUGAAAAAGGAGGAGGUUUAAGAUUUGAAACACAAACAGGAAAAGGUUUCCAUUCUUGGUUUUCUGUGUACCCUUAAACAGUUAGUCCUGGAAUAAAAUCCAAUAAUCCAAAAAGUCCUUUGAUUAUGUUAAAUAAAAAGAUUAUUAUUGACACUAGAUAGACAGAAGUUAAUGCUGGAAUUGAAACAUUUAAAAGAAGCCUUAUGAGAAGCAAGUUUUCUCAUUUAUUAAAUAAUAAUGGCUAAAUAAAUGACGGAAAUCAAAUUAGACCAAGAAGACCUCAUAGCUAAAUACGUUUUGUAUAAGAGCUUAUUGAUGCAGUUUCUAUUGACACUGUUAAUAAUGAAUGUUCUAUUGAAGAUUAUUAGACCAGAAUUAAAUACGUUAAAUCUUAGUAAUAAUAAUAAUAAUAAUCAUUUCUAAUGAGAAGUAAUUAAUCAUUAGUUGAAUGUCGUUGUCCUAAUAUACUUAUAGUUGAUGAUGAAUAAAUUAAUAUAUUAGCAUUAUCAAUUUUAUUAGAAUAACUUGGUUUGACUUCUGACUAAGUAUUUAAUGGGAAAGAAUGUGUAGAUUUAAUUUAAUCAAAAUAAAAAAAAAGUAUUUUUUAUCUUUUAUUUUAUUAGCCAAUUGUUGGAAAUGCUUUGAGAGAUAGUAUUAAUUAAUAUUUAUGGAUAUUAAUAUGCCCUUACUUGAUGGAUGGGAAGCAUCUAGAUAAAUUAAAAAACGCUUUUCAAUAGCAAUUAUAGCUUGCACUGCUUUUACUGAUAAUCAAACUAAAGAAUAAUGUUAUCAAAAUGGAAUAGAUUAUUAUUUAUCUAAACCAGUAAAGAAGGAAUCUUUAAUUUAAGUGCUUUAAUAUUAUCGUAUACUUUGA